GUCUGGGCAUGAAUUCAACCGCUGACCAAGAAAGAGCAAGAAGGAAUUUCGACUUACAACAAACACUUAGACGUACGUGUGCAUUUGAAUAGCGAUAUUUGAUUUCUAAAAGUUUGAGCUUGAUUCCACGAAACAUGGCUACGAGACAUGAAUUUCAAGUUGAAAUGACCUGUAGUGGUUGCUCUGGAGCUGUUGAAAGGGUUCUUGGCAAAGAAAAAGAGGUAUCUAAAGUUGAGAUUGACAUGGAAAAGCAGAGAGUUUAUGUGACAUCAAAUCUCCCAUCAGAUGAAAUACUGGCAAAGAUCCAAAAGACUGGCAAGGCUACCUCUUACGCUGGCACUGCCUGAUAGAGAAUAAUGUCUGGAAAGCUAGCAGUUCUUUAUUUUUAUUUUUAGACUCAAAUAAUGAACUGCAUCAUAAACUUGUACCUGUAGAUAGUAAUGGUGUAUUUUGAUUGAUUAGAGAUAGUUAAGAAAGCUUUGAAAACAUACAAAAUUAACUCUAACUUGGCUUCCUAUUUACCUCUUCUAUUUGAUCUAGCUUAUGCCAAAGCUUAAAUCAGGGAUUCUAGAAUACGGUCUAAUUGUUUCCCUUACUUUCCCUUUGCAGGGCCCCAUUAAAAAGCUCAUUGGAAGCAUGGGCUCCCUGUUUACAUAUAUAAUUGAUGAAUAAAUAAAAAUUAAUAUUUGCACAUAGCAUAAUAAUGCAAUAGGUCCAUGUAGUAGAAAUAUGCUACUAAUCUUUUUUACAACCAUCCUGGUUGAAGUAGGAGGGAAUUAAUUACAGCUUUCCAAUAAAUGAUUAAAGGUAAAUACAAAAAAAUGUUUCAGA